GCCGAUUCUAUGCUCAAUCUCAGAAUUCCCAACAGUUGCCGUCUCCAAUGCCCCCUCCACCAUACGCCUUGGCACGCGUGAGCAGCACACGCAACUUCGAGCUCGAGAACCACACACCGCCGGCAUGUCCCGGCUCUGGACCCAUUGCCAUGACGAACGGCACCAUCCAGUUGCGCCUCCGCGAUGGCGUGCGCAUUGACAUGACUCUGGACAAGGCGGUGCGCGUGCUCAAUCAGCGCAGCAUGGUGGCAGUUGCUCUAUCACGCAACUGCAGAAACUCGGCUUUGAUCCACCCCAAUGGACGCAUCUUGCAGAGCGGCGCUAAAGUCGAAAUAGUCACCUACGACGGCAUGAAGGGCAAUAACUUUGUUCGCUAUGCCAAGAUGUGGUACAAGGGUGUCAGCUUCACCAGCGAGGCGUGCGCUCUCAUCUACCUGGUGGACACAGCCGGGACGCGCACCACAACCGACACUUUCACCGAUCUGACCAAGGACUACACCCUGGCAGUGUUCUAUGACGACUCGCGCCAUGGUCCCUCUUAUAUGGCUGAAGCCCAUGACGUGAUUGCCAAUUCAGCUUACACCUGUACCGAGGAUGGCACUGAGAUCUAUGACAUAAACGGAUUUCGCAUCACCCAGGCAGCCGAUGGCCUGGUGAAGGUCACUCGUGUGGACAACAAGUGCUUGAUUCGCACCAGUCCCGGCAAUGGAUCGGCCACUUUGAUCACACCUGGCAUCCAUUGCACUGCCUCUCUGGGCAAGACCUCGCAUCUGUUUGUUCGUCGCAAUGAGAAGCGCAUGCACUUCGAUGGAUCCUGUUUCAUUGUACUCAACGCCGGACACUGCGCCGGCUUCAAUGAGAACAACCUGCUCAUUGUCUACUGAGCGGCGUUCGUAGUCCGGAGAUAGAAACGGCGCAGUGGUAGCCCAUCCCACACGCACACACUCACACAU